AUGGCGAUGGGUGGUGACGACGGGACGAUUCAGACGACGACGACGGUGCGAACAGAAAACGCUUCUUCCGUGUUUAACGGGAAAUAUUCCGACCCGAACCACCCGGGGUGUUUGCGAGGGAUCGAGAGAGUGCGUUCGACGACGAAAGCGAAAGUGUUCGGAGAAGAUGGCACCCCUGGGUGUCAAGCGGAUGGACAAAAAGAGACGAAAAAAUGGGAACUCGAAGGCGAGUUACGAGGGGAAAACGAGAUACUCAUCGAUUUUUCCAAGAAAGGAGGACCGAAGAAUUUACUCGGGAAGUGGACCGGCAGUGGCGUUUUGUUCCCAGACGGGAACACGUGGUCAAAGUUAUAA